AUGACUCCAUCAAUGUUGUUGCUUGAGGGUGACCGGCGAGUACACGAUGCUGUCCUUUAUUGCAAGGCCCAAGCUGAUUUUUUGAAGCUGUCUGGUUACCCGCUUUAUGGGAAUCAUCCAAACUUCGAUGUACAAGUAAGGAAAACUGCGCAAGAAUUCAAUGUGUUUUUGGACAAAUUGAUCACAUUGCCUGGCAUACGCACAGAUGCGCUCUUCUCAAAACUUCGAGUGCUACUAGCUCAGGGAGAAUCAUAUGAAACUUUCAAAACUACAAUGAACGACUUGGAUGUCUCAUUAAAGUGCAAUACGAUAUGGGAGAAUGAUUCUGUGGCUUACCGUUGCAAUACUUGUGCUCUUACGCCAUGUAUGUCGCUAUGUGCGUCUUGCUUCCAAGCAGCUAAUCAUGAAGGUCACGACUUUACGAGAUUCUUCUCACGUGAAGGAGGCGCUUGCGAUUGCGGCAAUUCUGAU